AUGGAGCCCAACUCACCGAAGUGGGUAGGCUCUUCUUGCGGUUUACACGGACCAUAUAUAUUCUACAAGGCGUUUAAAUUUCACCGGGACGGUAAACCAAGAAUUCUGUCCCUCGGAGACUUUUUCUUCGUGAGAUGUAAGCCUGGGGAUCCGAUUUGCAUAGCGGAGCUACAGCUGUUGUGGGAGGAAAGGACUACUAAGCAACUUUUAUCAAGCUCAAAACUUUAUUUCUUACCCGAAGAUACUCCCUCGGGAAGGACAGUUAGCCAUGGAGAGCAUGAGGUCAUUGCUGUGUCAGAGAAGGUGAUUGUUCGGUUGGAGGACCUGGUGAAGUGGACAGUCCCAGAGUUUUCGGAAUGGUCCCACGGGCUGCGGGCAGCGCCUCUGAAGCCCUCUGUCCUGAGGGAGCUGGGCACCAACGGACACAGAGAGGCCCUCCACAGAUACAGGGAGAGCACCUUCACCAGCGGCCUCAACUUCAGAGACAUCCAAAGGGAGAGGUCUCAACUGGGCCAGGAAGAUGACGGCAAGAAGGUGCUGGUGAUGAGCUACCCCCAGUACUGUCGUUACCGCUCGGUCCUGGCCCGGCUCAGAGAGCAGCCGUCUGCCCUGCUGACGGACCACACCGUGCUGGCUUUGGGCGGCAUCGCCUCCCAACACGACACCACACGCAUCCUCUACUGCAGGGACACCUUCGAACACCCCACCCUGCUGCAGAAUGAGAGCGUCUGCGAAGAGUUCGCCCCUAACCUGAAGGGUCGGCCACGGAAGAAGAAACUGUCAGUGUCCCAGCGAAGGGACUCCCAGGGCCACAGUCAGGGGCCUCAGGGACCCCAAGAACCCAGCACCCCAGAGAACAAGUCUCCCACCAAGGUAAAACCUAACUGCCAUGUGACGGUUCCCACCAGGGGCACAAUGGCCAAACCCAGGAUCUGUAAACAGGCAGCUGUGGAGGAGAAGGUGGAGAGGGAGAAGAAGGAGGAGAAAGAGGAGGACGAGGAAUCAUCAAAGGAGAGUCGUGCAGACGAGCAGGCCUUCCUAGUAGCCCUAUACAAGUACAUGAAAGAGAGGGACACACCUAUCGAUAGGAUCCCCUUCCUGGGAUUUAAGCAGAUAAACCUUUGGACUAUGUUUCAAGCUGCUCAGAAACUCGGAGGAUAUGAGUUGAUCACAGUUCGCAGACAGUGGAAAAAUGUAUAUGAUGAGCUGGGUGGAAACCCAGGGAGCACAAGUGCCGCCACAUGCACACGAAGACACUACGAGAGGCUCCUCCUACCCUAUGAGAGGUACACCAAAGGAGAGAAGGACAAACCCCUCCCCUCAGCCAAACCCAAAAAACAGGAGCAUGGGGCCCAAGAGGGGGGUGCCAAACCCAAAGGGGUCACAGCGAAACGACCUAAAGGUGGACUAAACCAGAGGCAGGUGGCCAGGAAGGAGAGAGAGAGCGACGACACAGCAAAAAGCCGGGAGCUCUCACAGGUAUCUGAGGAGAAAGAGGAGAACCAGGAGCCUGCAGUGAUGAAGCAGGAUCCUCUUCCCAGAAAGGAGCCUGAAGAAGAGUUACAACACACCCUGAAGAAAGAGGAGACAUUGAGCCAGGAGGAAGUAUCCUGCCUGAAUCCCCCCAACACAGACUGCCACCAAGCCACACCUGUGCUCCACAGUGAUCUGUGUCCACAGCCCGAGUGGAGACAUCCCAGCCAGCCACAAUCAGACACAUUCAACCCUGAGCAAAGGGACCAAGCCGAUGGAACCCUCUCUAAGACCCCAUAUCCACACAACUGGGACAACAACGACAGUAAGCCUAGGUAUAGCAGUCUAGCUGACCCAAGCACACCUGACACUCCAGUAGCUAAAGACACAGACAGUCACGGUUAUGGACAUGGUGGGAGGGUGGGUAAGGUGCUGCCCAUGUGUAAGCAGAGCCCACCCCCACUGCAGCUGUACUCUACAGAGCCACUCACAGACAAACAGGACUCCCCCAGUAAAAACAAAGAGAUAAAUCAGUGUCACGUGCACACGCCAACAGCAUACUCCAAGGACAACCUGGGGGUCAUGUCCCCACUAGCCAAGAAGAAGCUCCUCUCCCAAGUCUGUGAGACAAGUCAUUACUCAUUCAGUUCCCCUUCUCUUCCUCCUCCCACUCCAUCAGCCAGCGUGGGUGAUGUAAGCGACAGCUGCGUAGAGGAGAUGGUGAAACUGAGGGAGGACUCCAUCCCGGACAGCCCAGAGAUGGCUCCUGUCUUCAGGCCUUCUGUCAUCCAGCACGCCCAAAGCGUCAAACCCCAGCAAGAGAGGAGUCCUCUGGGGGAUCUGUCUGAGCCUUUCACUUGCAGAGUGAGCCACUUCCAGCCCCGGCUCAACCCCCCCUGGCACCCCUACCUCCACAGGACUGAGCACCAGGAUGGAGUGGAGAACGCAGGGGAGACACGGAUGCAGCAGCACCCCAGUCAGGCACCACCAGGCUUUGCAGGCGACUGCUACUCCUCCCCUCACCUACACAACCUCUACCGGCAGACAGAGAACUGUCUGAGUCAAGAGCGAAUGGCCAAUUAUCCCAACAGAGACAAACAGGGACAUUUUAUCGGGGAAUGUCAGAGCAGCGAGGGCUUCAGCUUAAACAAUCCUGACAGAGAAGGGUUGGCUUACAGAGCUCCCAACUUCUCUGAGAGGACACAAACACAUGGGGAUAGACCAUUGGACGAGGAACCCCGAGAUUUCAGUAUUUCCAAGCCUGUCACUCAAAGAAUGUCUUUCACAAAGCCCUCUUUCUGUGGCCUCCCAUAUCCCAUGAUGCAUCAGAGUUUAGACUAUCACCCCAAAGCAUGCAGAGUCCUCCCCAUGACUAUAUCUACCCCCAAACAAAACCCAGACCCCCCUCAGCCCUUCUUCAACCCUAAAAGCCACGCUGAGACUGUCAGUGCCUCCAGACCCAGUAAGAGAAGCCUGGGGGAACUAGAGAACGAGGGGGUGCCAGACCGCAAGGUGCGAGUGGUGACCCCCAUGCACCCCGCCGGCUCUGUCCGCAGGGGCGACCCACAGGGGGAGGAGCUCAAACCAGCUGAACCGGCGCACGCCAUCCACCUCCACAUUCCCGAGGGCCACACCUACCCUCCACACGCGCCCUUCUACCCAGGGAUGUACCCCGGGAUGCAGGACGCCCUCCAUCACAACCUCCAGUACCUGAAGAGCCAGACAGCUGUGUCCCCCCUGGUCCCUCCACUAGCCUUCCACUCCAUGAUGCUACAGAGGCAGCUGAUGGCCUCACAGCCCAGCCCCCAUCACUUUUACAGGCACCCUGGGGGGACGGCCCUGUACGGGGACCUCCUGCACCACCUGUACCCCCUGUCCACCCUUACCCACCCACAGCUGUCCUCCAUGCACCCCAGCACCAGACUCUAACAGACAAACCUACAUGGAGCUUAACUGUCUCUACCUGGGACAGUGGAUCUAGUGUUCUAUUAUUCAGUAAGCAUGACAACACUGGUUAACUGUAGCUGGUGGAUUUAGUCAGGCACACAGUUACAUUUUUUUCUAUUUUUCGUUUGUUUUUGCACUGUGCUGUAUCACCACUUAAGUUACCUUGUCUCAAUUUGCACUCUGUAGUGUUUGUGUUCACCAACCAGGUCCUUUCUCUCGCUCAACAGUCAGGUUCUUACUAUCUUUGAGUGUGGAGGGACAGGAGACAGAGAAAAUCCAUUGGCAUGCAUGUCGAGGGACAAUCAGAUUUGCUGGGUCUCCAAAGGGAUGGACUACAUCACUGCAAUGCAACAACCUCAUCCUCCAAAUGUGUUCUGGGGAUUUUAUCAGGUUGAAACACUAAAAAAACAUGAGGGGCCUAUCUAAAAUAGACUCUUUACGCAAAGUUUGCCAUUGGAAAAGUUAAUGCAGCUGUUAAGCAUUAGGCUACUCCACCUUCAAUCAAGUUUUUAAUAUCUUUUUAGAGCUCUCUAGUGUGGUGCUUUGGCCUGUUUCUGUUCAUGUAUAAGUCAACUACACCUGUAUUCUUAGGAAUUACUGUGUUAAACCACGGUGCUGUACAAAACCACAAGGUCCUGAGGUAUUGUAUGUACAGUACCAGUCAAAAAUUUGGAUACAACUACUCAUUACAGGGUUUUUCUUUA